AUGGGUGAUGCUGUCGAUGCUCAAAGGAAGCCGGAGGGGGUGGCGGCACUGGCGGAGGAGGUGGUGGUGGAAUUGCCGGUGGUGGUCCUCGGUAACCCACUGGUGGCAUUGGAGGAGGCGGCGGAGGAGGAGGCCCCGCAGGGACACAUCUUGGCUUAG